ACGUUUAGCUUUUUUGGUGUAUCGAAUGAUAAUUUUAUGUUUUGUUUCUAAUUUAAAGAUAAAGAGAUAAUAAUAAUAAUAAUAAUAAUAAUAAUAAUAAUAAUAAUAAAUUUGUCUUUUUAUUUUUGUGCAUCAAUAAGAAUCCUGAGUUUCGUUGAAGGUGAAGAAGCAGAAUCAUGGCGACCGACUUCCAAUCCAUCCCAAUAAUCGAUGUUGGCCCUCUUUUGACCAAGUGUGAUGAUCCUAAAAUGGCUGAAGAUCCAGGUGUGUCUGAAGUUGUAAGACAAUUGGAUCAAGCUUGUAGAGAGGCGGGGUUCUUCUAUGCGAAGGGCCAUGGUGUUCCUGAUUCCCUUCUCACGGAGGUUAGAAAUGCAACACACAAAUUUUUUAAUCGUCCUUAUGAAGAGAAAAUCAAGAUCAAGAUGUCUUCAGCAACUGGAUUCAGGGGAUAUCAGAGAAUUGGAGAAAAUAUAACCAAAGGCACACCUGAUAUCCAUGAAGCUAUUGAUUGCUACAGAGAAAUAAAAGCAGGGAUGUAUGGAGAUCUUGGUGAACCCAUGGAAGGGUCUAACGUAUGGCCAGUUAAUCCUUCAAACUUUGAAUCACUGAUGGAGGAUUAUAUCAGCCUUUGCACAGACCUUUCAAGAAAAAUCAUGCGGGGAAUUGCUUUAGCAUUGGGUGGGCCACCAGAUGAAUUUGAAAGCAAAAUAGCUGGAGAUCCAUUUUGGGUUAUGCGUCUAAUUGGUUACCCGGGUGUAUCCAAGGCAAAUGACCAAUGCAAGACCGAAAAUGACAUUGGGUGUGGGGCUCACACGGACUAUGGUCUGUUGACAUUGGUCAAUCAGGAUGAUCAUAUGCCUGCACUGCAGGUGAAAAACCACUCUGGUGAGUGGAUAUGGGCUGCUCCAAUCCCUGGCACAUUUGUCUGCAACAUUGGUGACAUGCUAAAGAUUUGGUCCAAUGGGUUAUAUGAAUCAACAUUGCAUCGAGUUAUCAACAACUCCCCAAAAUACCGGGCCUCUGUAGCUUACUUUUACGAGCAGCCAAACUUUGAUGCAGCAGUAGAGCCUGUUGAUGCAUGCAUACGGAGGACUGGUGGAACUCCAAAAUUUGAGAGAGCUGUUUACGGAGAGCAUUUAGUUAGCAAAGUCCAAACAAAUUUCGUGAUGUAGGAGCUGAAAACUUGUGCCAUUUGACCUUUAUAUUAUGCUGUAUAAACAUUGGAAUCACCCCAAGCUCCAUUGAAGGUGUUUACUUUGGAUAGUUGUAUUGCCGAUAAGAGUGUUUUUUUUAAGUGUUUGUAUCGAAUUUUGUAAUCAUUAGAUUGUAUAAAAAUUCACCACUUGCCAUUGCCAAGUUUGAAGAA